AUCUUUGUCCUCAACCACUACAUAUAAGAGCGUUCUAUAAACCCUAGUUUUCCUUCCCUCACACGCCCUUUUCAGAUUUUGCAGAGAGUUGUAACCAGAUUUGGAGAGGAAGGUAUGGCUCCAAAGCAGCCAAACAGUGGGCUAUUUGUGGGGUUGAAGAAAGGGCAUGUGGUAACACCAAAGGAGCUGGCUCCGCGUCCAUCGGAUAGGAAAGGGAAAACAAGCAAGAGAGUUCAUUUCGUAAGAAGCCUUAUCAGAGAAGUCGCCGGGUUCGCACCUUAUGAGAAGAGGAUCACCGAACUUCUGAAAGUUGGGAAGGACAAGCGUGCGCUAAAGGUAGCCAAGAGAAAAUUGGGCACACACAAGAGGGCGAAGAAGAAGAGAGAGGAGAUGUCGAGCGCACUCCGCAAGAUGAGGGCUGCCGGUGGCGGCGAGAAGAAGAAGUGAAGUGAAUUACACAACACUGGCUUCUGUUUUUCGUAGUGAAUUAUCAGAACGUAUUUUUAUCUUAAAAGUUUGAAUGUACUUCCUUAAGUUUUUAUUGGAAAUUAUAAUCCCGAACUUAUACAUAUUUUUUCUGAUAAUUGUUGCCAUUUCGCAUGUUGGUGCUUGUUAGUGUUGCUGUUACCUGGGCAUUAUAUAAAUAAAUUAACUUUACGGUGGA